CUAAGUUCAUCAUUAAAAUCAAGAUGGCGGAUGGAGGCACCGCAGAGGAUAGUCUCGAAAUGACGGAGGCGCAACGGAAGAUAUCUACCUCAGCACAACCUGCUGCUGUUGACAAUCAUAAUGCCCAGCCACUGAAGAGUGAAACUUUGAAGAAAUCUUCGAAAAAGAAAGUGGAAGUUUUACUGAAGGCUGCUGGAGAUGCCCCUAUUAUGGUGAAGAAGAAGUGGGUAGUGGAUGGAUCAAAACAAGUCUCUUACAUUGUAGAAUUCAUUAGGAAAUAUAUCAAGUGUGAACCACAAGAUUCACUGUUUGUUUAUGUAGGUCAGUGUUUUGCACCAACUCCUGAUCAGACAUUACAGAAUUUAUAUGAUUGUUUUGGAGCUGAUGGAAAGUUAGUCCUUCAUUACUGCAAGACACAAGCUUGGGGAUGAUUGAGCUUAAUGGUGUUUUACAGUCUGUUUUUCCAAAAAUUUUACUAAUAUCUACAGAUCAUGUUAGGUGUACCACUUGAAACCUUUUAGGACAUAUGGAAGACUUAAGACUCAUGUUUGUGGCUUAUGUAUCACUUCAAACUUGGUUCAAGUAUCAGAAAGUAAAGUCAUCUGAAAGAAUGAGGGGGAUUCAAGUAGAAUUCACCCUUACAGCCUCUAUUUUAAAUGGACCAUUUAUUUUUAAUUUUUGAAUUUUUCUGAAGUAUGUAGCACCAAACACUGUCUUUCUCCAAACUUACCACUUCUAUUAAGUCACGCAUUUGUGAAACAUAAGCCAGACUAGUAAUUUACUCGGUACUCUAUAGUACCUGAUUAGCAAAAAAAGGUAUUCAAUGGGCGUUAUGAAGAAAUUAUCCCCAAAAAUGGUGCUCAUACUGUAUGUGUAUGCAUUUCUCACCAUAAAUGAACAGAGUAUGUAAAUAAGAUAUUUUGUAUUUUAGUCGUUGAAUAAAACUAUGAACUUUUUCUUA